UCGUAUAUUAUUAAAUUUUUGCACAAGCUUUUAAAAUAGAUACAAAAUUUGUUCAUAAUAAAAUCUAGUUUUCUUUAAUUAAUAAUAUGGUUAAAUAUAUUGCUUUCAUGGAUGUUAUAAGGCAAGAGGAAAUAGAAAAGUUUUAUCAAGCAUGUCAAAUGCACAGAGAAUAUUAUAAAGGAUAUCCUAAAAGCUACCAUCCUCUUAAAUACUUUAAAGAACCUGAAUAUGCUUUCCAAUGUCCAUCUGAAAUGUCCGAGUCUUAUUUGAGUUUUCCACCUUAUCAUGUGAAAUAUAAGCAACCCGCUAUUUUGCCACCAACGAUUGGUCGAACCUCUGGUUUUCCACAAUUGCCAGAUCGUUCUUUGGCUGGACGAUUUAAUAAACCAGCAUGUAAAGCAUUUAUAAGAUAGCUUUCACGAAUUUAUCAAUUAUUAUUGUUUUAUUUUACAUACAAACUUACGAUGUAUUAUUUUUUUGGAUAUUAUGAUUGAGCUAGAAAUAAAAUAUUUGAAUGGUA